AUGCAAUGGCUGAAGAUCGAGCAAAAGUGGAUGAUAAAUGAGCCCGUUCCGCCAGGACUUGAAGUUCAAGCAGUGAUAAGCAUCGACCGAAAUUGCUUCGAUUUCGCAUCCUUCCCCUUCCCCCUUGGAGAAAUCCGAAUCAAAGUCGACGAUGCCAUCAUCCCCUUCCCCCUCCUUGCCAAAAACUCAUGCCCCCAACUUGUUGUCGAUCAAACAAUCUCCUUCGGGAAUGUCUCCGACUCGAAUAACAUCAUCAAAAAGAAGCUGAAAAUCAAGAACAAAGGCGAUGAGCGCGGAUUCUUUCAAAUCCAAAAGCGUGAAAACGAAGUCGUUAAAUUUUCAAGCUAUUCUGGAUAUGUCGAUCCCAAAGAAGAAGUUUUUGUCACUGCAAAAAUGAUCGCAGAUUGCCGAAAAGAAAUCAACGAAGAAAUUCAAAUCUUCCUCGGAGACCGGGAAGAAUCAAUCAAGAUCAAGGCGCAAGUAAUUUCAAGAAAACUCAAGCUCAGCAGCGAAAUUCUUCAACUCGGUGAUUUCAUCGCUUCCGCCGAGGGCCGCGGCUCCGUUUUUCUCGAAAAUCCGACUCCUGAUUCUGUCCAGUGGGUUUCCAGAAUCCCUUUGGACGCGGACGGUGUUGAGUUCGGCCCUUUUGAAUCCCCAACUGAAAUCAUCCAGCUCAACCCUUCAAGCGGAACUCUAGCGCCCGGAGAAAAGUGCUUGAUUUCGAUAAAACUGGAAUCAAGAAAGAAACUCGAGAAAUUCACCGAACUCAUCUUGAACGUCGUCUUUGGGGUUGUCGGCAAAGCUUUUUCAGAAAAUUCAACUGUUGGUUUAUUCGUCACUGCGAAUCUUUUUCCCUUGAAAUUGAAAAUUUCCUCUUUGGCGAAAAAUGUCAAACAAUCGUCGAAAAUCACCAAGAUCUAUUUCGGCGAAGCGGUUCUCGGAACGACUCCUAUUGUCAUCCUCGACUUCGAAAAUCUCUCAGGAAUUGAAAUAAAUCUUCAAGCGAGUAAAAUUGCCCAUUUCAAGAUAGCGCCGAAAAAUUUACUUAUCGGCCCGAAUGAGACAAAAAAAGUAACGUUUAUUAUGGACCCAAGUCAAAUUGGAAACAUCAGUAGUCGGUUUGACUUCAAUGUCGUUGUUGGGAAGGGGUCUAAAAUUGUGGAGAAAGCGAAAUUUCUGCUCGAAGGACAUGUCAAGCCGAGAAAAGCGAACAUGAAAAAGAUCGAGGAGCGUCUCGAAAGCGUCCGACAAUCGUACAUCCCUCCACUGAACGAGUUCGAGCCAAAGUACAAAAUGACUCCAGCAGAAAAGAAGCAGCGAGACUCUCACGUGGCCAAGUACAACGCUGAAAUUUCCAAAACCGCAACCGCUCUUCGUAACAAACGAUCAAAGCAAGAAACUCGCGAGCGAUUCGAAAGAAGAAACAACCCAGUGGAAAUUGGUUUGAGCCCAAUUGAAUCGACCAUGAUCGAUUUUACUCCCGAAGAGUCCCCUGGCUUUGCUUUGAGAAAAAGGGAUGAUCCCCAAAUGACACUUGGCAAGUACAAAAUCUCAAGCGGAAAGGAAAAAUGGAAGAAAUUAUCGGCAAAUGACUCGGAAAUGAUCAAAAUCGGCAACUUGACGAAAGAUAACGUCCUAGACUUUGGAGAAGUUCUCCACGGAUCCGAAGGAACUGCGAUUUUACCAGUUGAGAAUCGAUUGCUUGAAGAUGUUGUGAUGGAGAUUUCGACGACUUCGGAGAAAGUGACCUUCUAUACGCCGAGUUCUUUCAUCAUUCCCGGAAGAACAUUGAUCGAAAUCGCUGUUUCUUACAGCGCAUCUGACAUUGGCCCGAUUGGUAGCUCCUUGCAGUACUCCCUGAAUAAGGGUCUCUCAUCAUUCGUCCUUCUUUCCGGAAAAGUGUCACCACCGCGACUCGAAAUUCCGGAAGACUCGAUCUCCCUUCGCUUCAAUCCGAAUCAAUCAGACACGAGCGAAAUGACAUCCUCCAUCGAAAUCCGCAAUCCACUCAAUAUGCCUCUCGAAUUUCUCUGGCAGCCGGUCAUUCCGGAAGAUUCAGCUGGAUUUGGCUUCUCUAUGCGGCCUGCUUCUGGAAUGAUUCUCGCUCGAUCAAGCUUGAAGUGCGAAGUGAACUACUAUCCGUCUUUUCUAGCGCCGCAUAACGGGGCGUUCAAGCUCAAAAUUGAAGGAAACAGUUAUAUGGUAAAGUGCAACGCGAUCAUUCCAAGAGCAGAAGUUUUGUUCACCGACAGAAAGGUAAAUUUCGGCCCAAUUCCUCUCAAUUCAAAAAGCACUCGCCGCGUGUACCUCAAAAACGUCCUCUCAAAUCCGGCCAUUUUCCGAUUUGAUCAACCAAGAGGAGUCCCAAUUUCUAUUUCACCAAUUGAAGGGAUCAUUCCUGUCGGAGGAAUUCUCCCUGUCGAUCUUGAACUCUACCCAACAACGAUGAAAAAGCUCGAAUUCUCGGUCAUCGCUCAGGUUAAAAAUGGAGAAGAUGCAGUUCUCCGGGUCGCAGCGCAUGUUCAAGAGCCAAAAAUCGUUCUCUCGGUGGAGAAAUUCAUCUACCACGGAGUCCCAGUCGGAUGUUAUAAAAAAAUUCCAUUCGAAAUCUCCAACCCAACGAAAGCGCCCGUCUCCCUCAAAUUCAAUCUGAAAAAUCUGCCCUUUUCAGUCGAACAUUCCGGAGAAAGAAUUUCAAAGAGAAGACUAGAAGCUGGGGAGGAAAUACGCCUAGAUCUCGUCUACCGACCAGCUCAAGUCGAGCAGAAAACGCUUCCAUUUUCUAUUCUUGCCAACACCAUCGAUCUCGGAUCGAACAAUUUCGAAAUCACUGCAACAGCUAAGCGAAAGCCCGUUUUUGUCAAAACAACCGACUCUACCUUCAAGGUCAAAAACAUCAGCGAUGCAAGCAUCUGCAUCAAAUACAACGACGACACAAACUUGUUGAAACCAGAUGAAGUCUUCGAAACCGAGCUUUUUGAAGAGAAAGAAUUUCAAAUUUUGGACAUGAAUGGCCACAGUUUCCAUCAUCCCAUCCCAGAAACUUGCUCCCAGCCCGCGCCGGGGCUAGAAUUUGAGCCAAAAGAGAUCGUUUUCGAAGCAGCUCCACUAAAUACUGAGCUUCAGGGAGUUCUGAAGAUCAAAAAUACAUUUUCAGAAGACUCGUCUAUUGCAAUGCGAGAACAAGUCUUGGAAGAGUUUGAGCGAUUGGACAUCUCUUUCAGCGAAAAUUCCUCUAUGUCUUCAGACAUGAUUAUUAUGAAGAUUUCAUAUUUGACCAUGGUGCCUUUCGCUGGAGUGAAAACGCUAGAAUUUUUCGAAGAAACGACGGGAGAGACAUUCCCCGUCAACAUCUACAUCUGCUGCGACAAUUCCUUAACAACAUGUUAUCAGUAUGUUGCGGAGAGACUGACGAGCCAUCAUAUUGUCGAGCAAUCAGAAGGCGGCGGCCGAGCAAGCCUCAACUUUCAAGAAUCCGACGAAGGCAACCAGUCGCAAUCAAGGAAGACCAAUUCAGUUGUUCGAGCGCGGACGAAAUCAACCAGCAUUUCUGUCUCAACUGAAAUCAUGUCAUUUGGCUCCAGCUCCUCGCCUCACAGCUCAUCCUUUCCAGUCACGCUUCAGAGCCGUGAGCAGGUUCCGGGGAGAGCUACGUCCUCGAUUGACGCAUUUUCGAGUCUUGAAAGCGAUCUUGUCUCUUCACUUGAAAAAUGGUUCGGCACUUUUGGCUGGUCUUCUGGUCCUUUUCCCAUUUCCAUCCCAACAACGAUUCGAUCCUUGACUUCAAGAGCGGUCGGAAAAACAAAGGGGACGGGGAGAAUCCUCGCUGGGACAAGAUCGCAAAUGGUCACUGUUUAUGACAUGAUCGUCAACUUAUCCGGUAGGACUAUCACUGGCUUCCCCGCCGGCCAGCUCCUCCCUGAAAACAAGGAAGAAAAACGCGCUCAGCUUCUCUGGCAAUACGGAGUCAUCCUCGAAGUCAUCAAAGCCCAGGGCGGCAUGGUCGCGCACAUCAACGCCGAAGACCUUCUCGAAGAAAAUGAAUCAUUAGCUGAAUCAAAAAGACUCGACUUUGAAAAACGCUCGCAAAACGCAUGGACCAACUUUUUGCUCCAAGUAUUCCGGGUUUUCUCACUCGCAAAGGUUGAAAAAUAUCUCCCUGGAAUCGAUGCCAGUCAUAUUGAAUCAAACAUUUACGACGGAUCGGAAAAGAUAAUUCUCGCUUGGCUAAAUGAGGUCUUUGAGCAAGUUCGAGGGCCAGUUUUUGGCGUUGAAAGAAGAACGAUUAUUAAUUUUGACAAUGAUUUACGAGAUGGACUUGUUCUUGGAUCCCUCGUGGCAUUUUACUGUCCGUAUUUUAUCGAAGACUUGAAGAAGAUGUUUGUUUCUUGCACGAUGGCGGAGCAAUGUCUUCACAACGCACUGAUCCUCCUCGAGAUUUUCAAAAAGAUCAGAAUCGAAAUGGUUCCCCUGGCGACACAGAUAACGGACCCGAAUCCGAUUACAAUGCUGAUGUUGCUCGUCAACGUCGCCGAAGUUCUUCCAGCAAUGAAACCGAUCGACAUCGCUUAUCUGAAUGGAAAGCUCUCGCAAGAAUGCAAAAAGACGUUCACCAUCAAAAAUCGAUUCAAAAAAGCUGUUCAGUACGAAGCGUUUAUCAUUUCAAAUAACGAGCAAUCAUUUUCAACGAGCAACGAAAAAUUCAGCAUUCCGCCGAAAUCCUCUUUUUCACUUGUCGUCAAUUUCAAAAGCUCCUUUUUCCUGAAAACAGAAGCGAUUCUGGUCGUCAAAAGUCUCCCAACACCAGCUUUUCCCGUUCAAGCUGAAACGCUUGUUUUUACUCUCAAAGGGAAUAUUUCCGAGUUUUCGCCGAGAGAAUUUGUCAGAGAGGCGGUAAAAUGCCCGGUUUAUGAAGAAAAACAAAUUGAAAUCGAAAUAAAUUGCCCGUUGAAAUUCGAAGGUCAGAGGGAAUUCACAGUGAGUUCUUUGGAAACUCAUCGGGUUGGCAAGUCAUCUUAUCAUCUGGACGAACUUUUGGAAGAAAUGGAAAACAAUGUCUUUCCGCGAGAAUUUUAUGCUUCAGAUGAAACGUUGCAACUCGACUGCGAAAAAAGCGUCUUCAAGCUUUUCUACAACCCGAUCGGUCAGAUACAGAAAAGCGGAAUUUUCAUCUUUUCAAACGAAGAAAUCGGUCAGUUCGCCAUCAAAAUCAACGGCUCUCCCCUUCCGCCCAAACCAUCUCCAAUCCUCCGCGGCCAAGAAAAAUGCUUCACUGUCUCUGGCGAUCAGAUUUUCUGGAAAACAAGCGUCACGGGAUCAAAAGAAGCCGUGCUGAAAAUCUAUGGAGAAAACGUCGCUUUUCAAAAUGCACUUCAGCGGGUCGUGAAGCUUUCCUUGCCGAAAAGAGAAAAGGAGAUCAGGGAAAAGACGUUUUCACUGAACACCAGGGCGCUGCAGGAAAAAGUAGUUUCCCCGGAUUUUUACAAGAAAAUUCGAAAGUUCGAAGUCUUCUCUACUUCCGAGCAUUUUCGGCUUCCGAAAACCAUUGAGAUCGACACUUCUACUCCGCAAGUAGAAAUUCCCAUCCAACUCCUGACCGACCAACAGGGCCGAUACCCUGGCCUCAUUUUCUUCCAAGGAACCGAGGACUCCCUUCUCGAUACUAGAAUCAUUCAACUCGAAGCAAUAAUAACUGCCGAGUGCGAGUCGAAAAACCUCAUCCUCGAAGCGCCGGCACGAGAACAAGUCGAUCAACUGAUUCCGAUUCAAAACAUGACCCCUCAUGUCUGGCAAAUGACAGCGACUCUUCGAAUCCAAGAAAACUCCGCGGCGGGUUUCGCUCAAGAACGCGACCCAUUUUCCGGGCCGGAGUUUUUCACCGUCCAGCCGGGUGAAACUUACAACUACCGACUUCUCUUUUCCCCGAUGUUCAAGAAAACUUACAAAGCGGAUCUCAACUUGGUCAACAAAACCGACGGCAGCGCCGCUUCUUUCCACAUUACCGGUGUCGGAAAGAACCCGAAAGUCUCGCAAAAAUUAACCUUUCACAGUGUCAAAUGCGAUUCGCCACGAAAAGCGUCGAUAAUCGUCCCAAACCUGGGUCGACGAAAAAUGCAGUUUCAACUUCACACGACCCUUGGAUCUAUUAUUGCUGGUCCCUUGUCAAUUACAGUCGAGAAGAAUUCUAGCGCUGAGUAUAUCUUCGAAAUCAUUCCUCCUGAGAUUGAUCGUUACAGAGGCCUCCUGGUUUUCGCCGGUCAGGAGUUGUACAAGACGAAUAAUCCAGACUACGACUCGGAUCACGAAGACGAUUUCAACGGAGAAAACGGCGAUGAGCUCGUGGAAAUGCCCUACGGCGAAGAAUUCCUCCUUCUCUAUGAGCUUGACAUUUCCUCUGUCCGAAGCGAUCCGGCAAAACGGCUGAAAUUUUCUGGCUCUUGCGGCGAAUGGCUUUCAAAAACAAUCGAGCUCAACAAUCCAACAGAGCGAGAUUUUAUCUUUAAAAUAAAAUCAAGCAACUUGGAAAUUCUCAAAGUCGAAGAAGCAGUCAAAAUACCACCGCAUUCAAAAAAGCCCUUAGAAAUUCUGUUCAUGCCCGAAAAUGCUUCUGAUCCGACUCCAGCUGAUUUGACUUUUGAGAGCGAUCUGACAGGGAAAUUCUGGUAUCAGAUUGAGUUUUACUUGGAAGACCCGCUGCCGAAAUUGGUGAAGGCGAAAGAUGUACCGUUUGGAAAGUGGGAGAGUUUGACAGUUCAAGUGACAAACACAUCAAUAAAAGAAACAACCUUCACCUUUUCAACCUCCUCCCCUGAUCUGUUUCUCGACCCAAAUCAUCUUCCUGCCGAGAAAUUCACAGCGAAAGAAACAAAGGACAUUCAUCUCUUUUUCAUCCCCCACCAGCUUGGCAAGUCCAUCUCGACCUUCAUCGCCUCCAGCCCUGAUUGCGGAAAAACCAUUGUCGACGUUGAAGGAGAAGCAGUUCCGCCAAAACAAUAUGAGCCGACGAAAAUCUUCGCAAAGGCGAAUUCUCCGAAUGGAAAAACUGUCGUCAUUCCCUUCAGAAAUCCAAGCGAUAAGAGCAUUUUAUGUUCAGUCGAUCUAAAGAUGUCAAAAGGUCAAGAGCAGCAUUCAGACGCAUUUCAAGUUCUUCUAAAAAAGCGGGUACCAAUUGCGCUCGCGAAAGGAGAAGUCUUGGAAAUUCCGGUGUCUUUUAUUUCGGAAGGAGAGUUGGAGUCUGUCGUUGCUUUUGUUACUGUGACUGCCCGGCCAAAAGACAACAGUCCUUGGCUACAAAUUAACCCAGAAAAAGACCUCCCAGAAGGAUACACAGUCGAUUCAGCUGGCAACGUCACUACCAUUACCUUCACCUACCCUCUCCACGGUUCAACCCUUUUCAAAGUCCCGGAAGAAAAACAACUCCUAAUCGAAUGCAACGCCCGUUCAAGAUUCGAGCGAAAGAUCGAGCUUUCUCUGAACGGCGCUGCACCAAAUAUUCUUCCGACAGUUCCGCUCAGAACGAAAUCGGCGCAAAAUGCAUCUGGAUACAGCUUCGACCUUUUGUUUACUGAAGAAUCGGUGUUUGCAAAGGCGAUUUCGAUAAGUCUUGUCGGGCAGAAAAUUGACCAAGAAAGUGGGGAAGUGAAAUUGGUCUUUUGCUUGACUUUUAUGCCGAUGAUUGGAGGCGUUAAUGAAAAAGCGGUUCUUUCCAUUUCUUCUGCUAUUGGCGCUACAUGGCGCUUUCCAUUGGAACUUCGCGUGACAGAGCCACCAGCUGACGAUGAAAUCUGCAUUCCCGGUUGCAAAAUUGGCUCUAGCUCUGUUGUCCGGUUUCGUUUAUUUGGAGAAAACAUCGCUUUCAAUGCAAAAUUAUUAGAAAAUGCGAAGGAAGAAGAUUCUUUAUUUGAAAUCUCUCCUGAAGAAGGAGUUUUAACACCAGAUGGUUUGGAGUUUUCAAUCACUUAUACACCGAAGGUUUUUGGGGAAAAGGCGAGCUCAAGACUUCUUGUUUCUACUUCUGAUAAAACGCUGACGUAUGAUAUCACAACUGUGCCAGCUGCACCAAGAAGAAAUCAAAUGACCAGCUCGGCUUAUGGCAAAAUCUAUGCUCGGCCGAAGAAAGAGCCCAAGAAUUAUGUUUUGCAGAAUAAAAUGAUGACGAGAAAGAAGGCAAACCUCCUUAAACUCGAGUCAUUGAACUGA